AUGCAAAGAAGCGAAUCUAACAAUGAAAUCCAACAAAUGGUUCGUGAUAAUUCAGGAGGUGAUCUUUCUGACUAUAAAUCUCAACUUCAACAGGAAAGAAAUUCGCGUACAUUGAUUUUGAGACAAAUGAAUCGACCUUCAAUCAAAAAUGUAGCUUAUUCUCAACCCAGUCGUGCAAAAUCGAGGUGCUCACUAAAUGAAGAUAUCCAAAUGGUAAUGGAAGCAGCUGCUGCCAUUUUUCAAUCAAAAGAUGAAUCUCGAAUUCAGAGGUAUUGCAUGCUUCUCGUGAAUGGAGAUGCUUCAAAUUUAUCAGAACUUAAAGCAAUUGCUAAGAAUAAGGAAGUUGUUUCUGCUUUAUCCGAAUCUUUUCAACAAAAUUUUUCAGAACAAACUUUAUCAUACCUUAUCUCGAUUACAGGCUUAAUUUUCUCAUUUAAUAAUGAUAACCUUUCGAUUUUAAUAGAUGACGGAUUCUGUUAUUUAUUACCUGACUUUUUACAGAAUCCCAACCUCAUAAACGCCACACUUUCACUCAUAAAUCGAAUGGCAGACUCAAUUGCAUACGCUAGAGACGGUUUAUUAUGUAAUGAAAUACAUAUUUUACUUGUAAAUAUCGCUCAAGAAGCAACUGAGCCAGAAAUAGUAGAAACAUGCUGCGAAACAAUUUACAAGAUGUUUGCCAACCCGGCUGACAUUGAAUUUGAUACUUUAUUUAAUUCUGUAGUUCCCAUCUCUCCUCUUCUUUCUUUGACCAAUAUAAACGCGGUAAAUUACAUAUUAGAGUCAUAUGUUGAAAUGGCCUGCAAAUCAAGUACAAUUGUCCUUUCCUACAAUAAAAUAGGAUUAUAUGAGAAUAUUCUUAACUUCUUGCAAGUUCCAGAGUUACUAGCUUCAUCUCUUAAAGUAAUAAGAGUUUUAGCACUUGGAAAUCCACCAAAUGUUUGGAAAUUAAUCAAUAAUGGAUUAAUUCCUGCGGUUAAUCAAUAUAUCGAUACAGAAUACUGUCCUGAGAUCUUUUGGAUCUUCUCCAAUUUAAUGGAGACCUUAGAACAUGAUAUUAUUCAUAUUUUUGACGCCAAUUUUAUUUCAAUGGUUGUAGAGAAAUGUAAAAUCGGAACUUUUCCGAUAAAGAAAGAAGGAUCAUAUUUCCUUGCAACUUUCGCAUUAUUUAUCGACAGGUGCGACUUGAUUCCAUUUUUCUCAUCCGAUGUAAUAGAUAUUUUAGUUGAAAUGCUUGGUUGUGGAGUUCUACUUGUUGUUUUGAGAAUCGUUGAUAGUUUUGUCCAAUUGGUUACGAAAUUAACCGAUCGAGAUUCAAAUCGCGAUAUAAUUACAGAACUAAUUGAAUCUGACCUCAGUGACCGUCUGUCAGAUAUUAUAGAACAACCAAACUCCAUUGUAACCAAUCGUGCAACUUAUUUACUCGAAUACUUGAAUUAUCUUGAAAAUGGUGAAACAUCGCCAACUUUAAUAGACUAA